UUUCUGUGCUUCCAUUUGAGGUGUUCGUGUUCCUGAACGACCAUUACAGAUAAGCUCCCAGUGCCGUACGAGCACACCAAGCCCUCCCCCAACCCCAACGGCCGCCGAUCACACACAUUCACAGGCGCACACAGCGGCGCGGCGCGGCCACACCCAGCCAUGGCCACCACCUCCCUCGCCGCCUCCUCCUCGCACCCCCAUCUCUUCCGCAGUCGUAACCCCAACUCCACCUUCAGAACCUCGAAUCGAGGCCGCCUCCGGUCCCUCAGAUGCUCGUCCGCCCCCUCGUCCCCGCAGCCGGCCACCGGCGGCGAGGCGGAGGAAUCGGAGCGCCGGCGGCUGUCGAAGCAGUCGUCGUGGGAAGCGAAGGACGCGGACGGGGACGACUACCUGUACCGCCUCGGGAAGGAGGCUGACAACAUGAACAUCGCCGUCGGCGCCCGGGCCGGCAUCGUCGAUGACCUCUUCGUUGGGAAUUUCCUCGGCAAAGACUCGGAUAUUGUGUUCGAUUACCGGCAGAAGGCAACCAGGACAUUCGAGUACCUGCAGGGGGAUUACUACAUCGCACCGCUCUUCCUUGAUAAAGUUGCUUGCCAUAUUGUAAAGAACUUCAUUGCACAUCUUCUUGAUAUCAAGAUUCCCCUUAUACUUGGGAUCUGGGGCGGAAAGGGUCAAGGGAAAACAUUCCAAACUGAACUUAUAUUUAGAGCAAUGGGUGUUGAGCCUGUUAUUAUGUCUGCUGGAGAAUUAGAAUCUGAAAAAGCAGGAGAACCUGGGAGGCUAAUACGUGACCGAUACAGAACUGCCUCCCAAGUAAUUCAAAACCAAGUAAGAAGGUGUUUGCAGCUACUUGAUCUCAGAUACGAGAAUUUCAAAUUCAGGUUUUGGAUGGUACAGGGGAAAUUGAGUUGCUUGAUGAUCAAUGACCUAGAUGCUGGUGUUGGAAGAUUUGGAAACACACAGAUGACAGUCAAUAAUCAAAUAGUUGCUGGAACUUUGAUGAACCUGGCAGAUAAUCCUACCAGGGUGAGCAUCGGCCAGAAAUGGAGAGAAUCUGAUGUUACAAACAGAGUUCCUAUAAUAGUAACUGGAAAUGAUUUUUCAACUCUAUAUGCUCCCUUGAUUCGUGAUGGAAGAAUGGAAAAAUUCUACUGGCAGCCUGAUCGUGAAGAUAUCAUUAAUAUUGUUCAUGGCAUGUAUACAAAGGAUGGGAUAUCUGUUGAGGAAGUAUCAAGAAUUGUAGAUACAUUUCCAAACCAAGCUUUGGAUUUUUAUGGAGCUUUGAGAUCCAGGACAUAUGAUCGGGCUAUCUUGGAGUGGGUCGAUCAAAUUGGUGGCCAUGAAAAGCUAGGUGAAAAGCUUCUUAAGCAAAAGAAAGGAGAGAAGCUUCCAACAUUUAUACCCCCAAAGCAAACGCUGGAGGCAUUGAUUGAGUCAGGGAGCUCGCUGGUGAGGGAGCAAGAACUAAUAAUGAAUUCAAAACUGUCGAAAGAGUAUAUGAAGAACAUGGAAGAUUAGUUCAAAGCACGCAAGAGUAACUUGUUUUUUGCAGUUUCGUGCAAUAUUCCUGUCAAAAAAGUUUCGUGCAAUACGCACGUCCGGUUUGUUCCAGCUGCAUGUGCCAGUAUAUAGCCGUGUACAAAGCAUAUGGAAGAUAUAUCUGAGGAUUUUUUUCCUGUAUUCCAGAUGUAGCUACGUACGUACAUAAUGAUAUGAAAAUAGAAACAAAUGGUUCAUUUUUCUCCC